AAAAUGUAAAUGAAAGUCAAAUCAAACUGAUAAACAGUUAUUUCAGUUUCGGAAUCAUCUGAUUCUGUAAUUUUGAUUAUUCUUAUUCGACUCUCUUGUAAAUUUUAUGUAUUUAUUCAUAUACUAGAUUUGAUUUACCAAGUUGUAAUGUAGUGGUACCGUCUGUUCAUAAGAACCGAUUUUGUAUUACAGUCUUAACAUCAAUUCGAUUAACGUUUCGACUGCUUCUGCGAUUGCUUUUGGAUAAUAUUGUAAAAAUGAUUAAACGUAUUUAUUCAUCGGCUGCUAACAUGGUUCCUCGUAUUUGCAUCGUAGGCUCUGGUCCAGCUGGAUUUUAUGCGGCGAUGCAUUUAAGCAAACAUCUAACUAAUAUUAAUAUAGAUAUCUUUGAAAAGUUACCGGUUCCGUUUGGAUUAGUACGGUUUGGUGUUGCACCAGAUCACCCGGAAGUUAAGAAUGUUAUAAAUCAAUUUACAAAAGUAGCAAACAAGCCGAAUGUAAAUUUUUAUGGUAAUAUUACACUAGGCAAAGAUAUAAGUUUAUUACAACUACGGCAACAUUAUGAUGCUGUUCUUUUGACAUAUGGGGCUGAAGAAGACAAGACCUUGGGAAUUGUAAAUGAAGAUGCACAUAAUAUAGUAGCAGCAAGGAAUUUUGUUGGCUGGUACAAUGGUCACCCAAGGGACAUAGAUUUAAAGGUAGACUUAUCUGUAACAAGGGCUGCAAUUCUCGGUCAAGGUAACGUUGCUUUGGAUGUUGCAAGAAUACUGUUAACUCCUGUAGAUAUUUUGCGUAAAACGGAUAUAACUGAACAUGCUCUGUCCGCAUUAGCAGAGUCUAAAAUAAAUGAGUUGUACUUAGUCGGUAGAAGAGGUCCAUUACAGGUUGCUUUCACAAUCAAAGAAUUAAGAGAACAAUUAAAACUCCCGAAUUGUAAAACCGUUUGGAGAGAACAAGACUUUGUUGGUGUGGAAGAAGUGGUUGCAACGCUUAGUCGUCCAAGAAAAAGAUUGACAGAACUUAUGUUAAAAUCAUAUAAUGAAUCUAGAAAUUGUAUGGAAAAAAAGGAUAAAUAUUUUAAGCCUAUAUUUUUUCGAAGUCCUAAUAAAUUUUUAACAGAUAGUUUAAAUAAUGUAAAUGGUAUAGAAUUGAUAUGCAAUAAACUUGUAGGUGAUAAUUUGGAAAAUCAAAAAUGUGUUGCUACUGACCAAAAAGAAUUUAUAGAUUGUGAUUUAGUGUUUAGAAGUAUAGGUUAUAAAAGUAUUAAGGCUGAUAAGGAUAUAGUGUUUGAUUCUAAUGGAUUUGUAGUUAAUGAUAAAGGACGUGUGAUUGAAAAUGUACCAAAGGAUUUAGCUAGGCUAUAUGUAUCGGGGUGGUUAGGUACAGGACCAGUGGGUGUUAUUUUACACACAAUGAGCAACGCAUUCCUUGUAGCUAAAUCGAUAUGUGAAGAUUUUAAAGAUUUAAAUGAUCCACCUAAGGGUGGAUUCGAAGAGGUAAAGAAUAUAUUGUCAAAUCAUCAAAUAGUAGAUUGGAAAGCAUGGGAAAAAAUUGACAAGUACGAAAUUGAGCAGGGUAAAAAGCUUGGUAAGCCACGAGAGAAAGUGUGUAGUAUUAAAAAGAUGUUAGAAAUAGCAUCAUGACAUAUUUAAUUGUGGCAUCAAACACGGUUACACAUGACAUGUUUUUUUUUUAAAUAUUAUAUUUAUACCUAAAAUACGGUGUUUUCUGGAAACAAGACAUAGUCCCGACUAUUUGCACAAACCAUUACGACAGCUUGUUCUAGUUCAUAAAGUUAAUUUAUUGAAUUAAUUUAUUAAAGUUCCCAUAUUAAAUCUACACUAAGGAUACCACUUAACAACUCUGCGUGCGGUAGCUAGUGAGAUAAUGUUUUUGUAACUCGUAAUCAUUAAAAAAAACUUUUUAAAAUUGUCUAUAUGAAUCUAUUAUAUAGUAUAUUGUAAAAAUACAUGUAUGUCUUUGUUACUUAAUGUAGUUUUUAUUAUUUAACUAGCUGUCGUCCGCGUGGAUAUAAAAAAAAACUUAAUUAGUGUAGCCCACCCAU